GUAUUUAAGGCCUAAUAAACCAAGCACUUGAAAUACAAGGAGGCCAAGGUGCACGUUGUUAUCAUCACCAUCAUCAAUGGCUGCUACUGGAGCAGAUGGUGUAUUCAGGGCAGUGUAUGAAGGUUGCAUAUCAGGGUAUGACAACUGCGUUCAGAGGAGGCCUUACCACCGUAACUGUGGUUGUGCUCUCCAUAACAAUAACAACAAUAGAAAACACUGCAGCCACAUGUUACAAAGGUGUGACAAAGUUUCAUACCCUAUGAGGAGGGCAUGGAGUGAAGGCAAUUUGGUCAUGGCAACUCCACCUUCUUCUUCUUCUCCUUCUUCCAGUCAUUCUUCUUCGGUUGCAGCAGCAGCUUCUGGGGACAUGCCUCGACUCAGUUUGUUUAAGGAGGAGGAAGAAGAAGAAUAGGAACUAAGUAACUAAUUAGCUAGUAAUGUUCUGUUUGAUUAAGGUUUUUAAAUGAAUCUGUUUGAUAAAA